GCAGACUCCCUUCACAGGCUUCAGUGCUUUCACCAAGUAUUUCUCACUGAAAUGUCCGAAACUCAUCAGCUUCAGCAUCUCCAAUUGGCGCCCCAUGCCUGUCCCCAAUAUUCAUUUGAGUCGUGAAAGAGGACGUUGGGCUCUGGCUAUUGUGUGAGUCGGGUGUCAAAUGCCUUGGGUUGUGCAUGGGCAAGCAGGAGUUGCAGUGCGCUGGGUGAAGAACUGGUUGAGUGGUCAGUGGCUGUGCGAUCAACUGGGGGCAGAAGGAAGUGGGUGCGGUCACACCUUGACCCCGCAUUCUGCAAUUCACCAGUCAAAGCAGGGUGUCUCCUCUAGUCAAGUGCGUCAGGAAAAACGGGACCGGAAGGAGACAGAGUCUGUUGCGAAACCACGAGGUGGCGGAAAAAGCGGAAGCAGGAACCUGCUCGAUGGUAAAGGUGGUGUGCCCUUAAUGCAUAAGACACACCGUCUAAACGUCAUGACGACGGUAGAAGGGCAGGAGGAGGGGCAGAGAAUGUCACAGAACAUGAUGAACAUAUCACGCUUCUGGAGCCAGGGUGCAGAUCUCAGCAUUGCUCCUUCCGUUGAGGGCAGCCCUUUCUCGUCUUGCGCCAGUGCCUUUCAGCCCGGAGGAAGUUUGCACUAUCUCAAGCCACUGUUCUCGGACAUACCUCGACGAAGGGCCAGCGAGAGUGAUGAAGGCCAGGACUGUGUUGGAAAUUCUGGCCGGGAAUUACGAGACGAAACGAGUGACGUCUCAAAUGAAUCUAGGCACUAUAGAGGCAGAGGUCGAAGAGGUGUUCGCGGUGCCCAGAAUUCAAGUGCUUUCCUCACAGUGUCAGUCAGAAGCACCGAAGCAGACGCGGAGUCCAAAGCUUCCCCCUCACCACAGGGUACAAGCCAUGAGUCUUUGAAGAAACAGGCGGGACGCUUGAAACCAGCUGGUGCGCCGAACGGCACACAGCAAGGACUGCUCUUCUCUGCGCAAUCAAAAGGGUCAAUUGACAGAAAGGCGCCAGCCACUGAGGUUCCUGGUGGUCGGAGCAGAGACGGUGCUGGUAGGAAAGCAGGAGGGGCGGCUGGCCCAAGGUUGCGUUCACCUCAGGGAGGUGUGGGUGGACCGCCGUCUGGGGGCGGCCCUGUGCGAGGUGGAGCCGUCAAGGAGAAACGACCCUUCCACAUCUCGAACCCACUAGAAUUAGUUGCGGGCUUUGUGGAGGAAGUGCGAGACAUGGUGCACGCAGCCACGGGGAAGAAGCGCCCGCCAUCGAAAGAGUCGGUGGCGGCGUGGGAGGAGAAGGCGCUGGCCAAGAGCUUGCUGCGCAAAAAGCAUGCGUCCCUGGUGAUGUUCUACUCGAAGAACUGCCAGCUGUGCAAGUCGAUGACCCCAAUGGUCAACGACAUGGCGCGAAAAGAGUCCUGGUGGCUGGACGUCUGCUACGUCGAUGUCGACAACCAGAGCUGGAUGCCGGAGGUCGUUCACUACGACGUUUCGUACGUGCCGUGCUUCAUGUACCUGACCCCGAGCGGAAUGGCCAUGGCUAAGACCGGCGCCCCCCUGAGUAAGACGCACGUCCUGGACGGACUGCAGAAAGUAAUGUCGGGGGCGCACCCCGAGUGUAAGCUAGCCCGGCGGAGAUUAGAAGAAAAGGUGCGCAUGCGGCAACGGGAAGCAUACGCGAAGGCGAGAGCAGAUUGGGAAGCACAAAAGAAAGAGAGUGAGAAGGAAGGAACCAGCGAGGUGGCUGUGGAAGACAAAGCCUGAUUGAAACGCUGGAUGAGGUAACAACACUGAUAGAAGGACCAUUGUAAGCAAAGAGGGCGUCACCGAGACAUAGUGGUAAAUGAAACUGAAAAUUGAUCGAAGGACUCACCGGAGUGCCAUGCGCAGUGGAUAUCUUCUUAUACUAUUAACAGCUUGCGACAUGCCUCGAUGUGCAGCAUCAUCGGC